AUGGUACAAUCCAAGAAGUUCAGAGGGGUUAGACAGCGUCACUGGGGCUCCUGGGUGUCUGAGAUUCGUCACCCUCUACUGAAACGGAGAGUAUGGCUUGGGACAUUCGAGACAGCCGAGGAAGCAGCGAGAGCAUACGACGAGGCAGCUAUUCUGAUGAAUGGUCGCAGCGCAAAAACAAACUUCCCUGUUUCGACUGCCGGAAACCCAUCAUCGGCGAGCGAAAAUUGGAACAUACCUCCUCCGCCGUCGGCGUUGUCUGCAACCGUAAGCCAGAAACUUAGCAAAUGCCGGAAAUCCUCAUCGCCGUCUCUGACGUGUCUGAGGCUGGACACUACGAGCUCCCAUAUAGGAGUUUGGCAGAAGAAGGCCGGGUCUCGCGCUGACUCGAACUGGGUGAUGACAGUUGAGCUUAAUGUAAACAGAUCAUCAAUGGAGGGUAAUAAUAAUAAUAAUAAUAAUAAUAGUAAUACGGUGGAAGUUUCACAGUCGGCUGGUGGGGAAGAAGGGACUAAUGGUGGCGGUAGUGGAUUAGGGGAAGAAGAGAGAAUUGCGUUGCAGAUGAUCGAAGAAUUGCUUAAUGGGAACUGA